AUGAGGCAUCGAGGAAACCAGCUCCACGAGGCGGCAAAGAAGCACGCGAGGUGGGCGAGGUUGCCAUAUUGUUAUGUUGAACACAGUACUCUAAUCCCCAGCAAAGUGCAAGCGUUGUCGCAGCUAUAUAACGACCUACCUACAUCUACGACGAACAUGAUCUCCCCGGGUCUUCAAACCCGCAUAAACUCCCUCUCAACAACCCACAAACAAACCACUCCCCUAAUCCAGCGUUUACAAAACCUACCCGUAGCCCCCGGCUCCGGCGACGAUGCACGUCUCGAGCUCGGUGCGGAAAUCCAUCUCCGCCUAAAGGAGAUGGAGGAGCAGAUGGAGUUGCUGCGUGUUGAGCUCGAGCAGUUGGAAACUACGCGGAAUCGGAAGAGGGAAAGUGGAGCAAGGGAAGCGGAGAGGGAGAGGGUGGUGGUUGUGAUUGGGAAGUUGGAGGAGGAUUUGAAGAGUGCUCGGAUACAAUUCCGCAAAGCACAGUUACAGGCGAAACGAAAUGCGGAGGCUGCACGGCAAAAAGAGAGACAACUGUUGUUUGCUGGGGUUGAGGGCGGAGAGGGCACGGAGCAUAUACGGCGAAAGGGCCGUGCUGGCCUUACGCAUGAUGCGUUGGUAGCCAGCGCUUCGGAGGAUGUUACUGCUGCGCUGAAGCGGACGCAUCAACUUAUGCAAGCGGAGCUGUCCAGGAGCCAGUUUGCGCAGGACACUCUAGAGCAAUCUACAGCGGCGCUUAGUUCGCUCUCCGAGUCAUAUAGUACCCUCGACACACUCCUCGCCUCAUCUCGCUCGCUCGCCGCAUCGCUGCUCCGUUCACAAAAAUCAGAUACAUGGUACCUUGAAACUGCAUUUUAUUUGCUAAUCGGAACCAUCGUCUGGCUCGUGUUCCGGCGCAUACUCUACGGGCCGCUCUGGUGGAUGCUCUGGAUGCCUUUGAAGCUGAUGGCUCGGAUAAUAGUACCGAUCUUCGGUGGGAUGGGCUUGGCAAAUACAUCGAAAUCUACCCAGUUAUCAGGUUCUCUCACAUCGAUAUCACUGGGCAAUUCGGGAACUAGUUUGCUUUCAGGGACACCGCCGACAGUAAUUAGCGGUGUUACGUCAAAGAGCACAGCCGAACCACCAUUGUUGUCAUCAGUGCAUGAUCAAGAGACUGGAAUCCCGCAAGCGGAGAACGAAAGUAUAGUUGAUGAAAUAGAGAAUAUAGUUAAGAAGGAAAAUGAUAAUAGCGAAAAAGGAACGAAUGUGGAUGAUAUAUCACCUGAAGAAAGGCGGAGACAGGAGCAAUUACCUCGGAAUCCGAAGAAAAGGAUGCAUGAGGAAACGAUCAUGGAUGAGCAAGGAAAGGACGAGCUGUGAGAUUUUGGCUGUAUUUGUUUGUAUGGCCCUACAUAAUUAGUAUUAUGCAUUGAGGAGAUAUGAUAUCAC